ACUGUUCUUUCGUGAGGGUCACCACCACAAACUUCUGCACUUGCCGAGAGCCUUGACCAGCAAGCAGCAACCAGGAUGGGACGUGAUAUUUACAAGGACGAGAAUUUGCCUAUUCCCGAAGGCGUUACCGUCGACAUUAAGGCCCGUGUUGUUACCGUCACUGGCCCUCGUGGUACUUUGACCAAGAACUUGCGUCACGUCGACUCCGAGGUCAAGAAGCAAGGCAAUGUGCUCAAGUUCAUUGUCUGGCACGGUUCCCGCAAGCACAACGCUUGCCUCCGUACCGUCCGUUCCAUCGUCAACAACAUGAUCAUUGGUGUCACCCAGGGUUACCGCUACAAGAUGCGUCUUGUGUAUGCACAUUUCCCCAUCAACAUCAACUUGACUGAGAACAACACUGUUGUUGAGAUCCGUAACUUCUUGGGUGAGCGUAUCACUCGUGUGAUCAAGUGUUUGCCCGGUGUCACCGUUUCCUUGUCCCAAGCUGUUAAGGAUGAGCUCGUCCUCGAGGGUAACUCCUUGGAGAACGUCUCCCAAUCCGCUGCCAGCAUCAAGCAAGCUUGCAACGUCCGCAACAAGGAUAUUCGUAAGUUCUUGGACGGUAUCUACGUCUCUGAGCGCGGCAACAUUGUCGAGCUUGAGUAGUUGAAUAGCUAUCAAUGAUUUACGGGCUUGACUGAGAA